AAAAUUAUGGACAGCUUUUUUGCAACGGGUUUGCUGCCAGGACACAGGUGUCAUGAAAACCACCGCUAAACCUAAGCAAAAAUGGGAAAGGAGAAGACGCACAUCAACAUCGUUGUCAUUGGACACGUAGAUUCGGGGAAGUCCACCCCUACUGGCCAUCUGAUCUACAAAUGUGGUGGGAUCCACAAGAGAACCAUUGACAAGUUCGAGAAGGAGGCUGCCGAGAUGGGGAAGGGCUCCUUCAAGUAUGCCUGGGUCUUGGACAAACUGAAAGCUGAACGCGAGCGUGGUAUCACCAUUGAUAUCUCCCUAUGGAAGUUCGAGAGCAGCAAGUACUAUGUGACCAUCAUUGAUGCCCCAGGACACAGAGACUUCAUCAAAAAUAUGAUUACAGGCACAUCCCAGGCUGACUGUGCUGUCCUGAUUGUUGCUGCUGGUGUUGGUGGAUUUGAAGCAGGUAUUUCCGAGAAUGGGCAGACCCAUGAGCAUGCCCUUCUGGCCUACACUCUGGGUGUGAAACAGCUAAUUGCUCGAGUUAACAAAAUGGAUUCCAUCGAGCCACCCUACAGCCAGAAGAGAUACGAGGAAAUUGUAAAGGAAGUCAGCACCUACAUUAAGAAAGUUGGCUACAACCCCGACACAGUAGCAUUUGUGCCAAUUUCUGGCUGGAACCGUGAAAACAUGCUGGAGCCAAGUGCUAACGUGCCGUGGUUCAAGGGAUGGAGAGUCACCCGUAAGGAUGGCAAUGCCAGUGGAACCACACUGCUUGAAGCUCUGGAUUGCAUCCUGCCACCAACUCGCCCAACUGACAGACCCAUGCGUUUGCCCCUCCAGGAUGUCUACAAAAUUGGUGGUAUUGGCACUGUCCCUGUGGGUCGAGUGGAGACUGGUGUUCUCAAACCUGGCAUGGUGGUCACCUUUGCUCCAGUCAACGCGACAACUGAAGUGAAGUCUGUUGAAAUGCACCAUGAAGCUUUGAGUGAUGCCCUUCCUGGGGACAAUGUGGGCUUCAAUGUCAAGAACGUGUCUGUCAAAGAUGUUCUUCGUGGCAAUGUGGCUGGUGACAGCAAAAAUGACCCACCGAUGGAAGCAGCUGGCUUCACAGCUCAGGUGAUUAUCUUGAACCAUCCAGGCCAAGUCAGUGCUGGCUGUGCACCUGUGCUGGAUUGUCACACAGCUCACAUUGCCUGCACGUUUGCUGAGCUGAAGGAGAAGAUUGAUCGUCGUUCUGGGAAAAAGCUGGAAGAUGGCCCCAAAUUCUUAAAAUCUGCUGAUGCUGCCAUCUUUAAUAUGGUUCCUGGCAAACCCAUGUGUGUUGAGAGCUUCUCUGACUAUCCUCCUCUGGGCCACUUUGCUGUUCAUGACAUGAGACAGACGGUUGCUGUGGGUGUCAUCAAAGCAGUGGACAAGAAGGCAGCUGGAGCUGGCAAGGUCACCAAGUCUGCCCAGAAAGCUCAGAAGGCUAAAUGAAUAUUAUCCCCAAUACCUGCCACCCCAGUCUUAAUCAGUGGUGGAAGAACGGUCUCAGGACUGUUUGUCUCAAUUGACCAUUUAAGUUUAAUAGCAAAAGACUGGUUAAUGAUAACAAUGCAUCGUAAAACCUUCAGAAAGAAAGGAGACUGUGUUGUGGACCAUUUGUUUUGUGUGUGGCAGUUUUAAGUUAUUAGUUUUUAGAAUCAGUACUUUUUCAUGGAAACAACUUGACCAAAAAUCAGUCACAGAAUUUGAGACCCAUUAAAAAAUUUAAUGAGAAGCCUGUGUUUUCUUUUGGUCAACACUGUAACUUCCUAUAGUACUUACUACUUAGGUAAGAGUUGCCCAUAAUCUGUUUCUGGUAUUAAGUCUGCUGAAACAAAAGAAUUUUAUAUUUCUGGGUUGGAGCUUCAGGUUUCUUACCCUUAUGUAAGGAGAAUUCACCUGUUUAAGUACAUCAUAGAAAAGCGUUGGUACAACACUUCACAGGUUAGGACAGAUAAGCAAAGUAACUGUUAUGUAAGCUAGUUUGUAAGAAGGUCAAAUUCUAUAAUAUGAAAGCUCAUGUUGCGUAUAAAAUUUUGCAUGGUUACAUAAGUAUUGAGUAAAUGAGUUACGUCAAAUUUUAGUUUCCCAGUUAUGGGAAAGUGCAUUCACAUUUACAAUAUUCAAGUAAUUAACCUAAAAUGUGAAGCCUAAAUAGUAUUGAGCACCGCCCUGCUAGAGUUAUUGUAUCCAGAUUCUAGGAAAAACAAAAGAUGCUGGAAACUAAAAAAAAAAAAAAAAUUACGGACAAAGAUGGGUUCCAGUUAAUGAGCUGACCUCAAUACUGCGGCCACAGAUUCUAAGAUAUAAGUAUAAUUAGAAAACAAAGGUGAAAAA